AUGCCUCGACGAUUCCACCUACUUCGCCGUAAUUCUGAUUCCUCCCCAUCCUCUACACCAACACCUCCAUCAGAGGAUCACGAAACAUCAUCAAGGGUUAAAAAUCGUUUACAUGCUUUGUUCUCUUCUUCACAUCCUAUAACCGAAAAAGAAAUAGAGAUAGAAGCGGGACCUUCUUCACCUAGAAGCCCUGAUCCUCAAUCCCGCCGUGAUUCUCGUAUAUCUCAUUCUGGGGAAGUCACAGAAUCACAAUUGAAUAUCGAUAUCAACAAUCAGAAUCGGCAUCAAGAUGACAUACAUAGUCAUGAAUUCAUCAAGUCAAAAACUUAUCCUUUAGAUAUCGAACAUAGUAAUGACAACAAUAGUAAUCAGAAUGGGAUAGCUCAAAGUAUGACUACACCCAAGACGAAGCAGAGAGAUGCGAUAAAGGUAUUGAUGGUAACCUGGAACAUGGGCGAUGCAUUGCCAAAAGGCGAUCUUUCGGUGUUAUUUGGUCAGAUACCACCCUACCAACCUGAAACUCCUACCGAUGAAAUACCUAAACUGCCAGUGGAAAAUGCCCAUCCGUAUCAUGUAGUGGUGGUAGCAGGCCAAGAAUGCCCAACAUUGAGUGGUGCACCAAGAGGGCUGGGAGGUGGUCUGGUAAAAGGAGUUACGUUGAGGCAUAGGAAAGAAAAGGACAUUGCCAAAGAAAAAGAGAAGGAAAAGGAGAAAGACAAGGAAAGAGAGAAAGAUAAGGAAGAUAAGGAGGUUGAGACUGAUAAGAACAAAACUGAAGAAAAGCCAGAGGAUAAGGAGAAAUUGAAAACCAAAGAGAAAGCGAGACCCGAUCUCAAGCUUAAGAAAGAUACUCUUGAUGUGGAUAGGGAUGAUGGUGGAACUAGAUCAGCGGAUCAGGACGAUUCGAGCGAUGAUGAUACUCCGAAAGAUUCAUCUGAUCAGCGAUCUAGAGCGAACUCACCCAUGACCCCUCAUACACCGUUUUUACAUAGGGGCCAACCAGCUGCUAAAGGGUGGAGUCAGAUGCUAGAUGACUAUUUCUGUGGACCCAACGCACGUACUGCAGAACCAGCACCUACAUCGUACAACUCUACCUCACCCGUACCUAGAGAUACACCUUUCCUACCUCAUCCACCACCUUCCGCGUUCCCUGCUCAUCCCUCAUUACUUCGUUCGGCCUCUGCACCCAUCACUCCGAUAACUACUCCAAUAACUAUUCCCUCUAGACCUAUCCUCAACACUCCGAAUUUACAAUUAUCGCCUUCACCCUUAGCAAGAUCUAGAUCAUCUUUCGAAUCUUCAUCUGCAUCUUCAUCGACUAGCGAUAUGGAUGAGUCUGUCGCAGAGAAUAUACGGAAAGGUUCCAAUGCUUCUCCACCACAAAAUGAAAAUGCAAAGCCAAAAAUCCAAAGACCGGAUAUCAUAAUACCGAAUGAUGAAAUACAGUCGACGAAUCAGGGAAAUGGAAGUUAUGUGCAUGUGGUAAAAGAGAGAUUGCUAGGGAUGUAUCUGAGUGUGUAUGUGUAUAAAGGUUGUGAACAUCUCAUUCAGGGACUUGACAAAGAUCUGGUGACUGCUGGUCUGGCUGGAGGUAGAGUAGGAAACAAAGGUGGAAUCGGAAUAAGUUUGAAACUUGCCGAUCAUCGUUUCCUCUUUGUCAACUCGCAUCUUGCUGCUCAUACUGGUCGAAUGCACGCUCGAUUAUCAAAUAUAGCCAAAAUCAAAUCGGAAUUAAGGCUGGAUUGCUUUUUACCGAAAGAUGAUCCGAGAGCAGGUGCCGAAGAUAUAACGGAUCGCUUUGAUACGGUAUUCUGGUGCGGAGAUUUGAAUUUCCGUCUCGAGCUAUCUCGGCUACAUGCAGAUUGGCUCAUCGAACAGAAGAAAUACUCCGAACUGCUCAUGUGGGAUCAGCUCAAGCUAGCUAUGAAGGAUCCAAACCUCAACCCCUUUCCGGGAUUUGAGGAAGGUCCAAUUGAUUUCCCCUGUACAUUCAAAUACGAUGUAUGGAAGAGUGUUCGAGCUACAAACCGAGAAAUUCGGAAAACUCUGAAAAGACGUAAAUCGUCUGCAUCCGCCGCAUCGUUCGAUAUGAGCAGUAGUGUCAAUGUAUCGAAGAAUCUAUCUUACGUCCCCGAAGGAGACGCGAUCGAAGAAGUUGAUGCGGAUGGGGAUGAUCCAGAUCAGUCAUUCGCCAACCAGCAAUUGAAACGAGCUGGUGCAAGCGAUGACGAGAUGACUGAAGGGGAUUUCUCCAGAAGGUCGUUCGAAUCGAGCCGAUACACUUCUGGUGCCGGAACGGAUGUUGAUGAUGAAUCGGAUGAUAUGCCUAUGACAUAUAAGAAUCAUCAACAUCGACCGUUCGAAGUCGCCCUGAAGGAGAAGACUAGGCAUUUCCUAGGAUUAGUGAAAAUGGAUGGGAUCUUGACUCCUUCGCCUGGUAGACGACUUGGUAAACGUACUAGCGUCAGGAGGAAAAUAUCCGUCCGGAGGAGGCGAGAUCAUCACGAGGAGCAGUAUAUGGACGAUUCAAGACGAACAUCGAUCUCGAGUUUCGUCUCUCAACCUGACACCGAUCGACCAUCGACUCCCACUGGGUCAGAUGGGGAUAGAAGGGUAUCGACUUCAUCGAGAUUUGAAGGAUCCAACGAAGACCACCACGGACAAAAAUCGUCUCCCGCAUCUAAUGGAUUGGUUCCGCCCAACUACGCAAAUAGGUCAGAUAGUGGAUAUUCGUCAUCACCACCAAAAGAUAAAGAUAGACCACCAGUCUUUACUAGAAGAUUAAGCAUAAUGAAACGAACCAUGUCGAAUAAAUCGGUUAAAGACGUUAAUGCCCCGGAGGAUGAAGAUGAGGAGGAAGUGAUCGAUGAAGUGGAUAGGAGAGAAGGUGUUUAUGAUACCUCGAAGAAACAGAGAGUUCCUAGUUGGUGCGAUCGUGUUCUCUGGAAGGCACAUAUCACACCUGAUCUCAAGGACGAAGAGUCACCGCCCCAAUCUGUCGAGCUUCAGAUCGAUUCACAUACAUCAUUCCAUCGAUUGUCCAAUGUACUCUCCAACCUCGGUGGACAUCUCAAAUUACAGAUGGGCCGUACGACGUCUAUGGAUCCUGGACCCGCUGAUCGACUAAAUCUACGGAUACGAAGUUCAGCUUCACCUGAUGGAGGUUCCACUCCUCCUCGAAUCACAGAUUAUUCACCUUCAGCCGACAACAGUGUUUCGUUCGUGGCUUCACCGCCCGAUUCACCUACUCUUUCACCACUGAGUGCCGAAAAUACAGGAGAAGGGUUAAUACCCUUACCUCGGAAGGCGUCCCCUCUAAGGUCAUCUUCAGCAUCAUCGCCUGCGAAAGAAGGUACACAUGAUCACCAUCGGUUCUUUAUCAACAGCUCCGCACCACCCACCAGAAGUCCAACGAGGCUCAUACCUUCCCUAGGGAUAGGGAUGAUCAGAUCCGGAUCUGCACCCGGUGAAUCAAGACCAAAGUUGACUGAUCGACCAGCUUCAGCUUCGGGUGUUUUACCUUCCGCUUCGACUUCAAACGCACAUGGAAUCAUGUCAAGUACACCUGAAAAAGCACACAACGGUAAUAGGAAUAAGAUCAUUUUCGACUCACCAAUAUCACCUACCGUCGAUAGGUUGAAAUCGUCAGAUAACGCUAGAGGCGAAAGAAAACGAAGUAAUUCCGAUUCGAUUGGAAUCGAGGGCAUCAACUCUCAUAAGAAUGUGGAUCAGAGAAAAGGUCGAAUGAGUGAUGGACAUAACAACGGAAUUGUUGACAAUAACCUAUCGAGUCCAGAUAAAGAUAGGAAAUCAUCUUUGAGGAUAUUCGAUAAUGAUAAACGAAUACGAACGAUAUCGAAUGCUUCGCCUACGACCACUACAGUAAAUGAUCAUAAACCCCUUAGAAAUCUCAAACAUCCAUCUUCCUCUUCGAGUCACAAUGAUAACGAGAAUCAGAUACAUCGGACGACAACUAUACACACUUCCACCCAACCCUCUGCUUCCACCGCUGCAUCGUCGACAAGUGGCGUGGAAGGAGGAGGAAGAGAGAGGGAAAGUGACAAGAAUGGAUUCAUAAGGUUCCUCAAAGAUUUACCGAGUUGGUUACAUCGCUCUUCAUCAAAUAACCCACAUCAACCAAACGAAAUUACGUUGACGAUUGAAUCGCCCGUCGAGAAACGGUGGAAGAAAGGUGAAGUGAGGUGUUUACAUUAUGGAACGAUUGAUGAUGUUGGGAUGAGAUUGCUGGAAGGUAGAUCAGAUCAUAGACCUGCGAUCUUCGCUGGUGCUGUAUACGUUUGA